AACAAGAAAAUUGCUGGCAGAUGCCAUGUAGCAAGGGAUCUACCUAUAAUACAUAUCCAGUCUUUUGAUAUUGCUGUGAUGACACUCAAGACUGAAGUCGCGCCAAGCUUCGCAUGCCUGACUGUUAAGUGCUAACCACAUUAUCCACAGUGAUUGCGUGGCAUGCGUCAUUGGUGCAUACGUAGUACCUCAGCGUGGGACACGGAAUCUGUGACCGACUUGAAGCUCCAACAGCUUCACUCCCCUCCCUCCCCUACAACCUCAUAACCCUACCAAACACACCGGACAGCUAUCCUACACAGUACAACUCUCAUCAUGGACAAACUCAUCAACGCUGGCAAGGAAUUCCUCGAGGAGAAGGUUAAGGGGGACGACAAGGACAACAACAACAACAGACAAGACUACCAGGCUGGCGGGAAUCAAUCGCACGGAGGUAGCUACCCCGCUGGCGGGGGCUUCUCCCGCGACGACGAUGACGAGAACGACCUACGCGAAGCCAGGGAGGAAGCCGAGCGUCGUGCCGGCUCGUCGGGUAGCAGCGACUUGUUCUCCACCAUUGCCGGUGCCAUCGGGCAGAAGAAGAGCAGCCUGCAGAACGAGGACCUCGAUGAGGACUAUGCUGUCAAGAAGCACAAGCAGAAUUACAAGGACGACGAUGACGACGAUGCCGAUGAGAAGUCACUCGGUGCCGCGGCCGCCAUCCAGGCCCUGAAGAUGUUCAACCAGGGCGAGACAGGGGAGAAGCAGAGCAAGGGUGCCUUCCUCGGGCUCGCCAUGUCCGAGGCCAGCAAGCUUUUCGACGACAAGGCCUCCAAGCGCAAGGUCAGCUCCAACACCAGCAAGGAGAAUGUCAUCCAGAGCGCCGGCGAGAUGGCCAUGAAGAUGUACUUUAAGAGCCAGGGACAGCAGCAGGGUGGUCUGAUGGGUCUAGCGAGUAAGUUCAUUUAAACCAUGGCGACCUCGUGAAU